CAUUUCUACAGCUCAACUGUGAGACGGCGCGCAAAGCUGUCGUCGUUGAUCGUCACUUAAUACAUAUUUCGAUAAAUAAUUCCCGUCUCCAUAGUUUUUGGUUCUUUGCUCUCUCAAUAGAGCUAGGGACCUCUCUUUUUCCAUAAUAAUAAUCCGCCAGUCUUAUUUCUACGCGUAUUGGCGUUGCGUAUUCGUUGGUUGCGCGCUCUUUCACCCGCGUGCGAGGCUAUCUUUUAUUCCACUACCAUUAUUUUCCACCGCAAAUCUUCCGACGCCUUUCAACAUCCUUCUACCGCCGAGUCACCUUGCGCAGGUUGUUUUCUACCCAAGACCAUACUUCGCGCACCACCUUCGCAUAAAGAUAUAUUGUUUACGCACGGUUCACCGAUGAUUACGACCACUUGAAAGCACAGCGGCUUCGCAGACGCCCAAGAUGCCGGGCACCGUAGAGCCAGAGGUCGCCAUUGUUGACGAACCUCCUGCGCUCGAGGACCCCAUUGACGAUACCCCUCCUCGUCCCUACGUUGUAUUUAAUCAGAACGUCGAUAUCGAAAUCGAUUUCGCCCAGAAGCGCGUUCACGGUCGGUCCGAUAUCUUAAUUGUGCCCACUGCCGAUGUCUCCGAGGUCUACAUCGAUGCCCGUCAAUGCGAAAUUGACGUGGCACAAAUCACCGUUAGUAACUGCGAAGUCCAGGCGACUUACCAAGAUCCUUGCGAAUGGAUACAAACUCCUAAACACUACGAAUGGUCGGCACCUCAAUGGGGGAUUAGGAAACACCGCAUGGAGCCGUUGCUGCACCAUCGACGUAAGGAAGUCUCGGCGCUGGAUCACGAUCUCAAAUGCUGUACGCCACUUAACGGAUCGAUAAAGGUCAAGCUUCCUAGCAAAGACGAAGUACUACAAAAGAAUCGGAAUUCCCAAAAAUCUGAUCAACAAGAUAUUCUUUUACAUCCCGACGGCACCAUAGGUGGCUACAGAAUCCGCAUACCUUUCAAGCUUAGGAACGUCAACGAUGGCUUCCAGUUUGUUGGCGUUGACGAAGCCGAUACUAGAUACCCUCAUGUCUACACACGCCAUUCUAUCGAGCCUGGAACGGCAUCCGCUAUCUUUCCGUGUAUCGACGAUCCCGGUUCUCGAAAUUCUUGGCGAAUUUCUAUCACUCUCCCCCGAACUCUCGGUGAUGUCUUCCGUCAACCGACCCCCGCGCAGCAGCAGCAAUCUAAGGGCUCCAAUGGUGUUAAUGGAAUCCAUAAGAGGAAACAUAACGACGAGGAGCUUAGGCCAAAAGAUGUACCGCUCGCGGAAGAAGAUAAAAUGUUGGAUAUGACAGUAGUAUGCUCAGGAAAUCUCACGGGCGAAGUGAUCCACAAAGAAGACGAGACGAAAAAGACGAUGACAUUCGAGGUUGAUCGUAAUAAGGCCGCUAAGCAUAUUGGGUUCGCCGUGGGUCCUUUCGAACAUGUCGACCUCUGGUCAGAAUUUCGCACUGAGGAAGAUGAUAUGAAACUCGGUGUAUUCGCGGUUAAAGUACACGGGUAUUGUCUGCCAGGUCGCGCCGACGAAGUCCGAAACACCUGCUGCACUCUCGCUACAGCGAUAGACCAUUUCUGCCUGACCUUUGGCCGCUAUCCCUUUGAGAGCUACAAGGUUUGCUUCAUUGACGACAUGGUUGAGGAUACCGUACCACUAUGCGCGUUCUCUCUCUGCAGCAAUAGACUUCUCCAUCCCGAAGAAAUUGUCGACACCGAAAUCGAAAUCAUGCGAACCCUCAUAUACUCACUAGCGAGUCAGUGGUUCGGAGUCAACAUAGUCCCCAACACGAAGGGAGAUAUUUGGCUUGUCGUCGGGAUCGCAUGGUUCCUCACCGACCAUUUCAUGAAGGCAUUAUGCGGCAACAACGAGUACCGAUUCCGAAUGAAAGAAAUGGCAGAUAAAAUCGUCCAGCUUGAUGCAAAGCGUCCAUCCUUGCAAGAUCUUGGCGAACAUCUUCACUUAGGCAGCUUUGAAGUCGAAUACAUGAAUCUCAAGGCGCCGGUGGUGUUAUUCAUCCUCGAUCGCCGGCUAUCUAAAUCCUCUAGCUCUACCGGAAUUUCCAAAAUCAUAUCCCGAAUGGUUAGCAAAGCCAAUACCUCUGGCCAAGCUGCUGAUGAGGUCCUUGGAUCGGACGCUUUCCGUCGGGCUUGUGAAAAGGCUGGAGGAACAAAGUUAGAGCCCUUCUGGAACCAGUGGGUGACUGCAUCGGGAUGUCCAUAUUUUGACGUCCAUCAACGUUUCAAUCGGAAACGCUUGUGUGUGGAAAUGACGAUUCGUCAGGUCCAAGAUAACGUCGAUCGGACUAGGCCUCUCGACAAAUACGAAUUUUGGAGAGACGUGCUGGAAGAAAACCACGCAGUCUACGCUAGCGAGUUACAACAAGCAUUUACGGGACCGAUGACGAUCCGAAUUCACGAGGCUGAUGGCACACCUUACGAGCAUAUAGUAGAGAUUCGUGAGGAGAAUGCGCAUCAUGUCAAAUUUGAAAUACCCUAUAACACGAAGUAUAAGCGACUUAAGAAGACUCGCCGCAAUCGUGAGAGGGCACUAGCAAGAGGUGAUACCGACAAUCACAGGCUUCUCUACUUUUUGGGAGAUGUCAUGCAGCAGCCCGAAGAGAUCGAAGAAUGGGAUUUCCGAGAUUGGGAUGAAGAGACUGAAAAGGCUAUGGACCUAGAGUCAUUCGAAUGGGUUCGCAUGGAUGCCGACUUUGAGUGGAUCUGCGAUAUGCAGACGAAUCUUCCAGCAUAUAUGUACGCGUCGCAACUACAGCAAGAUAGGGAUGUGGUUGCGCAGCAAGAUACAAUGCUGUUCCUCCGACGAAAUUUCGUCAAGUCAGGCCCUCACCCUCUCGUUUCGACUAUACUCACCCGUACCGUGUUGGAUACAAAUUACUAUUAUGGUAUUCGCCUCUUGGCUGCCGACGAACUUCCUAACCAUGCGGUGAAAGACCCAGUGGAAUGGAUCGGACUCCGACACUUACUCAAGAUAUUCAAAUACUUCUUCUGUCAACCGGGGACUUACUCACCCCUCCCGAAUGACUUCUCGGAUAAGCGUCAAUAUUUUCUUCAGCGCAGUAUCCCAAUGGCUGUAGCUCGCGUCCGUGGUGAAGACGGCAGAUGUCCCAAGGAGGGGCGCGUGUUCAUUCUUGAGCAACUGCAGAGCAAUGACAACACAGAUAACAUAUACUCGGACCAACCUUAUAUUUGCGAGUUGAUCAAAGCUCUAGCUUUAUCCCAAAUCCCGGACGAAAAGAAAGUCAAGCAGCAAAAGUCCAUCUCUUUUAACUUUGGGGACGCUGACGAAGACGAAGUGAUGGCCGAAGCCGUCGACAUGGAACCCGAGGAGUUUCGCGAUAUGGCAAUUGAGGAGAUCGAGCGAUACCGUAGAAUGGAUGAGUACUCUCCUUCAUUCCAGAACUGCUUCACCAUAGCAGCACUUGAUGCCUUCUGCCGUCUCAUGAAGGCUAAAGUUAUACCGAAUGAUCCCAUUAUGUUCAUUCAAUACCUACAAGAUAGGACUUACGAUCUUGUCCGUAUAAAGGCUUGCGAGUGCUUGGUAGAACUAGGAAUGCUAACAAACCCGAAAUUCCUACGUUUUUACUUCAUUCUAGCCAGUACGGACUCUUCACCAUUUGUCCGAGACAAACUAUUUAAAGCGCUAUGUCGUGGCUUUGCCAGCAUGGCCAUCGGAGAGGACGAAGAACCAGAGAAACAGGCACCAGCAGAGUCAAAUGGUGACGAACUUAUCGUUGAAAAGGAUGACACGGUUCUCGAGGAGAGGAAGAAGGCAAAAGCGCGCAAAAACAGCCUCCCUGCAGCCCUCGCGGCGCUAAAAGAGAAGACUACAGAUGACGAAGAUUUGCACGAGGCUCUUUGGAGCGCUAUGAACUCGCCCGUCUUGACUGUGUCCGAGCGGAUCAAUGUCCUCGAACUUUGCUCAAUUCUAGUCGACGAAGACCAUUCACUAAUAGUGAACUUUAAAUAUCCCACGUACUGGACCGUCGAGCGUGGUGAGAAGGGUCGACAUAAAUGUCUUAUAACAUUCAAACGACACUACAGGACGAAACCACGCAAGCCUUAUGCUGUACAACCACCACCACUGCCGGUUAAACAGGAGCCUACACGAAAGAUUACUCUAAAUCUAAACCGCAAUAUGAGCACCAGCUCGAAGGCCGCAACACCUUUAGCCACUCAAGCUCCUCCAUUACCGAUUGUCGUUCCUACACAACCAAAGACCACAGAGACUAACAAUACACCUAAGCCAACACCUAAAACGACUCUGCCAUCCCUGAAACAGAUGUCUGCACCAAAGGAGAAAGCCAAGGAGAAACCAAAGGAGAAGCCACCGAAAGAAAGAUCAGCUCUUCCUUCUAUCAAACUUCCAGUCCCACAGGAGGUUAAAGAAAAGCCCAUCCUAAAGCAGGCGAAACAGUCAGCCGCCACCAAUUCGACGUCCCGAGCAGGUACGCCCUCAGCUUCUCAAGAAAAGCCCAAGGUUCCUAAAGCAGCUACACCUCAGAGAGAUAGCAUCGCUGUGCAGCCGCUUGUGAGACCUACUAUUGAACUUCAGCAGCAACCCGAAUCUAAGGCAGGAACUUCCAAACCCAAUGGGAAUGGCCUUCUAGCACCGGCGAAAUCUUCGAGGCCGCUUAAGAGAGCAAGUACCGAUAGUGACGGCCCACGACCGACUAAGAUUGUCAAACUCAAUACCUCAAAGAUCCCUAGAAAGGACUUAGAGAGGGUUGGCAAGAAACCGAAGUCCAAGAAAUUGGUUACGUUGAAGUUUAAGGGUUGGGACAAGAUACACAAGAGAAAGCACGAAACAUCUCAAGCUGCAUCGAUUCGGGCUACGCCUAAACACCGAAAAUAUGAGGACAAGGACAAGUCCAAAGGCCGUAGCCCACGUCCGUCUGUCAACCCAGGUACACCCACGACUAAGCAUUCGGAGUCCGCUCCAGCUGCGUCAUCUUCAAAUAUUCCACGUUCAUCGUCUCACAAGGCCGCCACCCCCACUGCCUCUUCUCAACCCCCUCCUCAAUCGUCACAGCCGAUCUCGGGCAGCAGUGGAAAGCCGAGAAAGCCCCUGCCGGAUAUGCGCAAGCCGCUUCCGUCAGCAGCACCGACUAGCAACCCCACACCAUUGGCAAAGCAGCAUCAAGCACCACCACCCGCGUCCUCUCCUACCACCACGGCGCCAAAGGCUCCAACCAAAUUAAAGAUCAAGCUAAAGCCUUCCGCAGGGUCGUCGAACUAGGGUAUGAAGACCAGGCGGACACUAUACGAAGAUAGAGAUUUGCUAUGAUGACGAAAACAGCUCUACUUUUUUCCCCACAUUGCGCUCACGUUUUGACCUGUCGAGAAUGAUUUUUGUUGUUUGAGUAUACGGCAGAUGGGGCGCAGCACAAUAUACCACAAGUGCCCUUCAUCCACGCGAAAAAUGGUUUAUAUGAUACCACACGCGCAUUUCUUCGAGGAUUCCCCUCCUCGAAAUUUCACUUUUCUCUAUUUCACUUUUUGCAUGGCAUGGCACGGCGUUAGGAAAAAAUUCGGGAAAGGGGAAUGGAAAGGAAAUGGAGGGAAUCGGAGGAUAUGAUAUGAUUGAUCCCCCAGGCCAAAAAUGCAUUACUUCUGCGGUUUUUUCCUCCUUUUGAUUUUCUUUCACGCCUUUUUAUUUUGUUUUCGCGGAGGCCGAAUGAUUUCAAAUUACUUGCGUUGAGGCAUUGCUCUAGCAGUGGACGAAGUAUUGCGCUGCGUCUGCGUUGAGUUACGUUAUGCACCUGCUCCCGUCCCAUGCAUCGGCUUCGGUCAUGAGCCGACAAGAAAGCAGGCGAGGGCGAAAGAGAAGGAAGAAUGAGAGCAAGGGACGGAAUAGGGGAGGUUUGUCAAUGGACUGGUUAAUCGGGGGAGGCGCGCUUGUGUAUAGUAUUAGUGAAGCCUCAGAACUGGCGUUAAUCACUUGCAAAUAACUUAAGUCUUCAAUGCUCUUUCAAA